AAUCUUGGUUUUCUCGUUGCAGGAGGAGACAUCACUUAUUUCCAUUAGUGAACCAUUAGAGUAAGGUUAAUCUUUAGAUUUUAUUAGUUAUGGGAAGCAAAAUUUCAAAGGGUUCUAGUAGGAGGUCCCGAACAAGCAGGUCAAGUGAUACAGGUUCAUCGAGCCCUUACGGAUACCCCACACCUCAGCAUCCAAGUUAUGCACCAUCGCCAUUGAGUAAUUACGGAUGUCGAACACCCCGGCGUGUUCAUAAGACUAUAGAAAGGAAAUACUCAAGAAUAGCUGAUAACUACCAGACACUAGACCAGGUUACUGCUGCACUUGCACAAGCUGGUCUUGAGUCCUCUAAUCUUAUUGUUGGCAUUGAUUUUACAAAGAGCAACGAAUGGACAGGAGCGAGGUCCUUUAACCACCGAAGCUUGCAUCACAUCGGACAUGGUCAAAAUCCCUAUGAACAAGCUAUAUCGAUAAUUGGACAGAGUUUAUCUUCUUUUGAUGACGAUAACUUAAUUCCUUGUUAUGGAUUUGGAGACGCAUCAACGCAUGAUCAAGACGUCUUCAGUUUCUACCCGGAAGAGAGAUUCUGUGAAGGAUUCGAGGAAGUGCUCGCACGAUACCGAGAAAUCGUUCCUCAACUGCGACUUGCAGGACCAACAUCUUUUGCACCCAUUAUCGAAAUGGCGACGACUAUUGUCGAACAAAGUGGUGGUCAGUACCAUGUUUUGUUGAUAAUUGCAGACGGACAGGUGACCAGAAAUGUUGACACACAUCAUGGUCAGCUCAGCCCACAGGAGAAGAACACAAUUGAUGCAAUUGUAAAAGCAAGUGAGUUCCCGUUAUCGAUUGUCCUAGUCGGGGUUGGUGAUGGACCUUGGGACAUUAUGAGGGAGUUCGAUGAUAAUAUCCCUGCUUGUGCUUUCGAUAAUUUUCAGUUUGUGAACUUCACCGAGAUAAUGUCAAAGAUGAUGAAUCCAUCAAGAAAGCAAGCAGAAUUUGCAGUUUCAGCCUUGAUGGAAAUACCUUCACAAUAUAAAGCAACGAUUGAGCUUGGCUUAUUGGGAAGAAGGAAGGGAGAUACUCCAGAAAGAGUUCCUCUUCCACCUCCCAUUUAUGCCCCCACAAACUCUUAUUCUGGAUAUCAAACGGCAGUUACUCCAGCCACAGCUCCCUUUCACGACAAUCAGGUUUGCCCCAUUUGUCUUGGUAAUCCCAAGGAUAUGGCCUUUGGUUGUGGACAUCAGACUUGUUGUGACUGUGGAGAAGAUCUCCAGCGCUGCCCCAUAUGUCGUACAACUAUCCAAACUCGAGUCAGAUUGUAUUGAUCUGAUCCCC